ACAGCAGCGUCUUCUUCGACUCAGUUUUGCUAAGGUUUAGCUGCUCUGAGUUGAUCUUUGUUUUUACUCCUCUACUCAUAGUUCUAUUUUAAAGUUUUUAUUUUUCUUAGACACGAUAAAAAUAUAAACAUUAUAAACGGUUUUUUCCCCCUGUGAGUUUAUUUUCCUUUGACGGAAAGUCCCUUUGCUGUUCAACCGCAGUCUGAAGCUGAUUGGACGGCGCUAGUACCGGAAGUCAACAACUGCUUCGUCGUUUUCCGAAAAGUUUGUCACGGUUCAGUACAUGUGGAACUAUCACAGACGGACGAGAACGUGAGCUUUAAUCUCAUUUAAAAUGUGUGGGAACAAACCGUGUUAAAGUCCGAGUGUCGUUAAACAACAAACCCACACGAAGACGAAGAAUCAUGGCUGACGUGUGGAGCCAGAGUUCACAGCAGAGCAGCAGAGUAGGUGAAACGUCACAGGCCUCCAUGAUGUGGAACACUGAUGAGUCACCGAGCCAAAACAUGAGUGACUUCUCUCCGUCUCCUGAUCUGGAGGAGGUGAGGCCCAUUAGAAGAGUCCGGAGCCCCUCCACACCCCGGGCGUGGUCGUCCGGUUUUUACAAACCUCAACAUAAGGGGCGAUUCUACAAACAUGGUUACACCACUAGGGGGUACUCUUCACACAAAUCCAGGGCUGGCAGCCAGAAACACCACCACUUCAGUAACAGAGAGUACAUGGACCGGAAAGAGUACUAUCCCCUGAAACUUCCACACAGAAAGUGGGAGCGGGAGAAGGAGAAGAGUUGGUACCAGUCCAGAGGAAGUCCUGGUCCGAGGUCGGCUCCCAAACCAAGCAGCGCCACCAGAACCGGUUCUCCCUGGUCCAGCUCCUCCACUGACAAGAACAAGAAGAGAACCAGGAAACUGGACCAGAGGAAAACCAGCAGCAAAGAACGCGGUCAAAGCCGAGACAGUGAACCCCCGGAAACUGUGAGCUCCACGACGGCACGGGACCGAGCCAUCCAGAAGAAGAGGAGGGAGAUAGAUGAGGUCUACUACCAGGAGUGUGAAAUGUUCGGUCUGGUGACAAAGAUGUUGAUACAGAAGGAUCGGUCCCUGGAACUCCUGAUCCAGUCGGCGCUGCAGGAGAACCUCCGGGACAUCGGGAGGCGCUGUGUAGAGGCCAUGGAGAAAUUUAUUGAGGACUACGACUCGCAGCACUAAUCACACACACACAGACGUAAAAGAUUGUCAGAACUUUGCUCCUGCUUCGCUGCUUUUUUUCUUCCAGGCGGACGAUGAUCUGCUGUGAAUCUGUGAUCGACGUCAUGCACUAAGAAC